AUGGAAGGUGUCUUAAGCCCACCAAAACCAUUUCGUUUCGACGGGAGUUCAGACUACGCAAAUAUAAGUGCCAGUUGGACAAAAUGGAGGAAUAGCUAUGAAAUUUAUACAAAGGCAUGUGAAAUAACGAACAAAGCGGCGAGUGUGCAAAUUAAUAUAUUAUUGCACGUACUUGGCGAUCAAUGCCGAGAAAUCCUAGACCAAAACAAAGAUUCACUUUUAAAAUGCACUACCGCGGAAGCUGUCUUACAAAUAUUGGAUGGACAUUUUAAUAUAAAACCUAAUGCUACAGUGGAACGACACCGAUUUUUUACAAGGAACCAGAGAGAAAAUGAGACAAUAGAACAAUAUGUUUUCGACUUGCAGAAAUUGGCUCAAACAUGCGAUUUCGGGGCCUUAAGCGACGGUCUUAUAAAAGAUAGGCUGAUAUGUGGCGUAUCCAAUUCAGCUAUUCGGGAACGGCUACUAAGGGAGUACGAUCUAACUUUAAGUAAAGCAUUAGAAAUAUGUCGAGUCGCGAUAGUAUCGAGGGUGUAUGCGGAUAACAUUAAACAGGAGCAGUUAUCAGCAUUCUUAAUCAACAAUUAUAAUCAAGCGGUCGAAAAUGAUGAGAAUAUUUGGAGUGUGCGGCACAGGAGGGAUUCAAGGAGAGGAUAUCGCGGUGGCGUAGGUGGCGUGAGCGCGGACGCGCGCAUAGGCGGACGCGGCGUACGCGGCGGCGCGUCCCGCUCGGCCCAGCGCCCGCCACGGCGCGCUCGAGGCGAGCGUGCCUUCACGGGUUCGACGCUUUGGGUGAAGCAAUGUGGGAAUUGUGGCAGUAUACAUAAAAAGUUUGAGUGUCCCGCGUAUCGCAAGCAGUGUCUAAGAUGUGCGAAAAUGAAUCACUUUGCCAGAGUCUGUGGUGCUAGUGUAUUCAAUGUCGAGGAGUCUGAUGAGCAGGACAGUGAGGCUACCGGAUAG